GAUGAAGAGGAAUGGUGGAAGGAUAUAGAUUUAUCUUUCUUAUUGAAAGGAAAAGAAGGGAUUGUAAACCAAUUUAUAGAAUUUGUGAGACCUCCUGUCCGAGAGUUUGGUGACGACGUUAAACAUAAAGUCAGUAUCCGACUACCUGAACAUGUUAAACACAAGUUGAGUGAAAAAAUUGGAUUUUUUUCUAAAAAUCGAGAUCGAGAGGUGACGGAUCGCGGAAUUCACUUAAAUCAUUUACGUGAAGGAAGAUUUGGACAACUAUUGAAUAAAUUUGCCACAAAGGAAGAAGAUUUCAUCUCUAAAACGUUUGACAAGAUGUUUCAUAGACUUCCAGAGAAAAUUAUAGAAUUUUUGGAACCGCGUGUUAAAGAGUUUGAGGAAAAAUUGUUGGAACUUUUGCAUGUGGAAUUGCGUGAAAAUAUAUUUAAAGAGGACAAAUUCAAAGGGACAAUAAAAGCAAUAUUAAGUGGAGAUAUGAAUAGAGAUGGAAAAAAUGAUUUUAUGCAAGCAAUAGAAUCAUUGUUUCAUCAUAAGCAUAAAUA